CUCACACGGGACUAUUUGUAUCAGUUUUUUCUGACAGAGAAGGAACCGUCACUUUUUGCCCAGAAGGAGCAGACGAAGUUCCUGCAGCAGACUGGUCACAAUGAGACAGGCCUACUGCAUGAGAAGCUGCUGGGAGUCCUGAGGCAGCGCCGCUGUGGGGUGCCUGAUGAGGAUCGCCACUCGCUCAAGCCAGGAAGCUCCAAGUGGAACAAGUCCAAUCUGACCUACAGCAUCAUCAAUUUCCCAUAUGGCAUGAAACCAUCCACUGUGAGUGUUAUUAUACAUAGCGCCAUUUCUGUCUGGAGCAAAGUGAGCCCUUUGAUAUUUCAGCAAGUGGCAAGCCAAGAUGCAGACAUUAAGUUUUCUUUUUGGAAGAGAGCCCAUGGAGACUGCUGGUCCUUUGAUGGGCCAGGUGGUAUCUUAGGACAUGCCUUUUUACCAGAUUCUCAACAUCCGGGAACUGUUCAUUUUGACAAGGAUGAACAUUGGUCAACUUCAAACAAAGGAUCUAAUCUGUUCCUGGUUGCCGUUCAUGAGAUUGGGCAUUCUCUGGGUCUGAAACAUUCUGAGAAUGCAAAAUCUAUAAUGUAUCCCAUCUAUUACUAUCAGAAUCCUAAAAAGUUCCACCUCAGUGCUGAAGAUAUCCAAAGAAUUCAGCAACUUUAUGGAGAAAAAGAUUCAUCUGAAAUGCCCUAA